UCGAUCUAAUUUCAUAGUCGAGCACUGUUGUGACAAACGCAGUCUUCACAGCGUGUGGCGCUGAGCGAUAGCGCGCCGCGGCUCGCUCUUUCUUUCAUUCUCCCGUGUUUUGUUGAUUGGUUUUUUCCUCGUGUUCACUCUUUCCUGGCGAAGCGAGCUGGAUUGUUACUUGUAACAAAAGCGAACCACCCUCGCGCGCAUACAGCUGCUCACUUCACGCGCAUCUUUGGCUCGCGCCUCGUCUCUUGCAUGGUGUUCCUGGGAGCCGAAGCGGGUCAACCAAUGCAGAAAAGGGAGAAAAGUUUCGGUAUACAAAUGCUCUCCGUCCAGCCGGACACCAAGCCAAAGGGCUGUGCCGGCUGCAACCGGAAAAUCAAGGACCGCUACCUGCUGAAGGCCUUGGACAAGUACUGGCACGAAGACUGCCUCAAGUGUGCCUGCUGCGACUGUAGACUUGGCGAGGUGGGCUCCACGCUCUACACCAAAGCCAAUCUCAUCCUCUGUCGGAGAGACUACCUACGGUUGUUUGGUGUGACGGGGAACUGUGCAGCGUGCAGUAAACUCAUCCCAGCAUUUGAGAUGGUCAUGAGAGCCAAGGAAAAUGUCUAUCACCUGGACUGCUUUGCCUGCCAGCUGUGUAACCAGAGGUUUUGUGUUGGAGACAAGUUCUUCCUGAAGAACAACAUGAUCUUGUGCCAGACAGACUACGAGGAAGGGCUGAUGAAGGAGGGCUAUGCGCCGCAAGUCCGCUGACCCCGCUUCGACCCUGGCAUAUGAGGGGAGAGAGCUGAGAGAGGACCUGAAGGGGACAUGCAAUCAGACACAAAAAGCACUAGUGUCCUCUCCAGCCCCUGUCCCCAAUCACAUUGUAUAUAUGAAGACCCUGAUAAGGGAUGAUACUGUACAGAUUAGACAUAGAGAUGUUUUUUUGUGGGAGAAAGUUUAGGAGCCCUCGAAAAAGUGGUCACGGACCUUGACUGUGGUCUUAAUGACGCUGCCUGAUGGCCUUAUGAAGACCCAACUUUUGUGAACAUACACACACACACACACAGACAAAUACAGCCCUACUCCAAAACCCCUGUCCAAAUCACAAUGAUGCCAUUUCAACUUCCUAUACAGGGUGAGGACCGCAGAGUUUAUAAAAAGAUAGAAAUCAAUCUAGAUAUUUAAUGGUGAAAAGGCAUGAACAAGUUUGUAAGGAGAAAGGGAGCCAUGUCAAUGCAAGAUCUCAGGUUGAAUGGGGUUCCUCAUUUUCUUUCUAUCACUAUUUUCCAUACUUUUUUCCUUUCUCAGAACAGCCAGAGCCAGCCAUCCUUACACUUUAAUUUUUAAGGCAGUGUUCAGCUCUCCAGACUUAACUCUUACCACAUUUAUGGAAAACCUGGAAAUAUCAGGGAAUUUUAAAGUGUGUUUUCCAGGCCUGGAAAAGUCAUGGAAAUGUCUCUGUUAAUAUAGAUUUUAAUAGUUAUUCACAGUUCUAAAUUAUUUAUUUGGCUAGAAAUUGAUCUAUUCGAGUCUAAUGUCUUUGGAAACACUUAAUAAUAAUGUUGUGUUUCAUAACAUUAGCUAACAACAUUUGUUAACAUUAAUAACAAUGAAAUACUUUUAUGGCAGUUGAAUACAUUGACAUUAGUUAAUGCAAUAUGAACAUGAAUUAACAACGAACAAUUGUAUUUUCAUAAAUUAACUUACCAAGAUUAACAGGUGCUGAAAAAAAAAAAAUUGUUCAUCGUUAGUUCAUGAUACAUUACCUAAUGCAUUAACUAAUCUUUACAAAUAGAACCUUAUUGUUAAGUGCUACCAAAUAUUUUGUAUUAUUAUUAUUAUCUACUAAUCACAAAUGAUUGGAAAAUUAAUGGUAAAAUAUGGCAUAUCAUUGGUCAAAAGGUGUGGGAACCCAGUUUCUGACCGGAACAUCAUCAACAUCUAGUGAUGUGAUUUCAUUAGUGAAAUUGUUCAAACUUUGCAAAACUUUAUCACCCUGUUUUAUACCUAAAAGACCCUAGGGAUCAAAAGAGAACACUAAAACAUUUGGGUUUGGCACAUAUGUGACAGGGUUUGGUGGGCUUGAAAAACAAGGGGGGUUGUUACUUUCUUCACUGUAUUUAUUUAAUAGGCUUUUUGCAUUGCGCGUAAUUCCAAGGCUCUAUCCCUCACAUGUUUAUACCUAAAUUUAAUCACUGCUCAGUCACCAACCAUCUUCUCUCCAGAUGUGACGAGUGUCAGUUUCUGAAUGUCGUAUUUUUUGUGCGGCUCAUGUUGAUCAGCUUGCAUAAUCCUCUUUAAAACACAGUCAGGUUGCAUAAACUGUAGGCAACAACAGAACACCUGAAUGCCUGAUCUUUUCCAGGUUUUGUUUACAAGGUGACACUCAAGCGCAAGAAAAUCACCACUGUAACCUAAUACAUUGAGGCGUUAUUCCUUGAUAAUCCUUUUAUUUGCUGUGUUUACCCUUUUGAAACUGAGGGCAUAGCCUAGAGAAAAUAUGAGGACAAACUUAAUUUGUAAAUGUUGGUUGUACAUAUAAAAAAACAAAAAAAAAAAAAAAAUCCUUUUUGCUUGCUAUUGUAUAUGGAUUUUCUUUUUAUGUGUUAUCCAGCAUGAGAUGUUUAUUUUUAGGACUGUAAAUACUGUACUGUAAUCAUUUUAAGGACAAAUGUAAUACAGUUUUAUUGUGUUAGAA